CAGCAGGCCGCCCGCGAUGCGCGCGAUGAUGGUGGCGAAGCGCUCAACAAGCUGACGGCCAGCACUGACGAGGAUGAUCAGAAGAACAUCUAUGUGGAUCCCACCGACCCCACAAAGUUCUUCCAGCAGGAGGACACCGGAAUGAAGGACUUCUUUUCCCUGGCCACAAUAGCAGCUCUGCUGUGGCUCGUUUUUUCUGCAUACUCAGAGCUUGAGAAGAUCCAUUGAUCCAAGGGUCUUACUGUCUCCGUUUGCUGUGAGGAUGGUCCGAGCAUCCGAACAUAUGGAGAAAAGUGCUGAUGUAUAUCAUGGGGUGAGAAGAGUGUUUUGUGUAUCUGUUUGACGACCUCUGGCUGUUUGGUUUUCUGCUGAGUGAUUUAGGACUUUGAAAGUCCAAGGAAUGCACUUGGUGACAGAGAAGAAGAAGAAAAUACGCAGCUUCCGGAUGUGGUCUGGACGUGGGUGGAAGAAUGUGGGUGAUGUUGACAUGAUAUUAUGGUUUGAGGGCAGUAUGUGUUCAGCUCAGGCAUCCAGUCUGGUGCAUAUGCGUGUAAUCAUGCUUUGC